UGAGACUUCAUAAAGCAUCACUGCUUUUCUUCAAGGACUCCCUUCGCAUACUUAACUCCGCAGAUUGCUUCUUUUGUCAACCUAUUCAAGCCUUCAUCUUUCCACAAUGGCAACCCACAACUACCAAUCCCCUGCUCUUCCAAUGAAUGUUCCCUCGAAGACCCCUGGUCCUGCCAGCCUCUACCCUAUCAGCCGAGUGUCAGGCUCCCCACCGGAUCUGUCGGACGCAAGCACCACGACGGGCAGCCGCACUUCUGGCGGGUUCAGCUACAGCGCCGGUAGCGCGAGCAGCGACUAUGAGUCUAGCUCGGGUUCCUUCUCGAGUGUGGACGUUGUGGACGUUCUCAAUGAUCGUUUGCAAAAUGCGUUCGACCCCACACCAUUGGACAAAGGAUUAGCUAUGCAAGCGCAAGCCUCUGGCCAGCUCAAUGCCAAGCAGCAUGAGCUCCUCGAAUUGCAAGCUCUCGCCCAAAGACGCUUGAAAGGCGUGCGCUCAAGUUUCGCCGACGGAAUCAAAGUCGCCCGGGAGACCAAGCGAGAUUUGGAAUGGACUCAAAAGCGUGUAAGGUGA